AUGGGUGGAGAUAGCAGGCAAGCGCAUGACCACACGCCUGAACCAUUCACCCACCACAUCCAUGCAGGCCCCGCACUCACGUCCCACAUCCCUGCCCUCCACUCACCACACCCCUGCCCUCCACUCACCACAUCCCUGCCCUCCACUCACCACAUCCCUGCCCUCCACUCACCACAUCCCUGCCCUCCACUCACCACACCCCUGCCCUCCACUCACCACAUCCCUGCCCUCCACUCACCACACCCCUGCCCUCCACUCACCACAUCCCUGCCCUCCACUCACCACAUCCCUGCCCUCCACUCACCACACCCCUGCCCUCCACUCACCACAUCCCUGCCCUCCACUCACCACAUCCCUGCCCUCCACUCACCACAUCCCUGCCCUCCACUCACCACAUCCCUGCCCUCCACUCACCACACCCCUGCCCUCCACUCACCACAUCCCUGCCCUCCACUCACCACAUCCCUGCCCUCCACUCACCACAUCCCUGCCCUCCACUCACCACAUCCCUGCCCUCCACUCACCACAUCCCUGCCCUCCACUCACCACAUCCCUGCCCUCCACUCACCACAUCCCUGCCCUCCACUCACCACAUCCCUGCCCUCCACUCACCACACCCCUGCCCUCCACUCACCACACCCCUGCCCUCCACUCACCACACCCUGCCCUCCACUCACCACACCCCUGCCCUCCACUCACCACACCCCUGCCCUCCACUCACCACAUCCCUGCCCUCCACUCACCACAUCCCUGCCCUCCACUCACCACAUCCCUGCCCUCCACUCACCACAUCCCUGCCCUCCACUCACCACAUCCCUGCCCUCCACUCACCACACCCCUGCCCUCCACUCACCACAUCCCUGCCCUCCACUCACCACACCCCUGCCCUCCACUCACCACACCCCUGCCCUCCACUCACCACACCCCUGCCCUCCACUCACCACACCCCUGCCCUCCACUCACCACACCCCUGCCCUCCACUCACCACAUCCCUGCCCUCCACUCACCACAUCCCUGCCCUCCACUCACCACACCCCUGCCCUCCACUCACCACACCCCUGCCCUCCACUCACCACACCCCUGCCCUCCACUCACCACACCCCUGCCCUCCACUCACCACAUCCCUGCCCUCCACUCACCACAUCCCUGCCCUCCACUCACCACAUCCCUGCCCUCCACUCACCACAUCCCUGCCCUCCACUCACCACACCCCUGCCCUCCACUCACCACAUCCCUGCCCUCCACUCACCACACCCCUGCCCUCCACUCACCACAUCCCCUCCCUCCACUCACCACAUCCCUGCCCUCCACUCACCACAUCCCUGCCCUCCACUCACCACAUCCCUGCCCUCCACUCACCACAUCCCUGCCCUCCACUCACCACACCCCUGCCCUCCACUCACCACAUCCCUGCCCUCCACUCACCACAUCCCUGCCCUCCACUCACCACAUCCCUGCCCUCCACUCACCACAUCCCUGCCCUCCACUCACCACACCCUGCCCUCCACUCACCACAUCCCUGCCCUCCACUCACCACACCCCUGCCCUCCACUCACCACACCCCUGCCCUCCACUCACCACAUCCCUGCCCUCCACUCACCACAUCCCUGCCCUCCACUCACCACAUCCCUGCCCUCCACUCACCACAUCCCUGCCCUCCACUCACCACAUCCCUGCCCUCCACUCACCACACCCCUGCCCUCCACUCACCACAUCCCUGCCCUCCACUCACCACAUCCCUGCCCUCCACUCACCACAUCCCUGCCCUCCACUCACCACAUCCCUGCCCUCCACUCACCACACCCCUGCCCUCCACUCACCACAUCCCUGCCCUCCACUCACCACACCCCUGCCCUCCACUCACCACACCCCUGCCCUCCACUCACCACAUCCCUGCCCUCCACUCACCACAUCCCUGCCCUCCACUCACCACAUCCCUGCCCUCCACUCACCACAUCCCUGCCCUCCACUCACCACAUCCCUGCCCUCCACUCACCACACCCUGCCCUCCACUCACCACACCCCUGCCCUCCACUCACCACACCCCUGCCCUCCACUCACCACACCCCUGCCCUCCACUCACCACACCCCUGCCCUCCACUCACCACACCCCUGCCCUCCACUCACCACAUCCCCUGCCCUCCACUCACCACAUCCCCUGCCCUCCACUCACCACACCCCUGCCCUCCACUCACCACACCCCUGCCCUCCACUCACCACACCCCUGCCCUCCACUCACCACACCCCUGCCCUCCACUCACCACAUCCCCUGCCCUCCACUCACCACAUCCCUGCCCUCCACUCACCACAUCCCUGCCCUCCACUCACCACACCCCUGCCCUCCACUCACCACAUCCCUGCCCUCCACUCACCACAUCCCCUGCCCUCCACUCACCACAUCCCUGCCCUCCACUCACCACAUCCCUGCCCUCCACUCACCACAUCCCUGCCCUCCACUCACCACAUCCCUGCCCUCCACUCACCACAUCCCUGCCCUCCACUCACCACAUCCCUGCCCUCCACUCACCACAUCCCUGCCCUCCACUCACCACAUCCCUGCCCUCCACUCACCACAUCCCUGCCCUCCACUCACCACAUCCCUGCCCUCCACUCACCACAUCCCUGCCCUCCACUCACCACAUCCCUGCCCUCCACUCACCACACCCCUGCCCUCCACUCACCACAUCCCUGCCCUCCACUCACCACAUCCCUGCCCUCCACUCACCACAUCCCUGCCCUCCACUCACCACAUCCCUGCCCUCCACUCACCACAUCCCUGCCCUCCACUCACCACACCCCUGCCCUCCACUCACCACAUCCCUGCCCUCCACUCACCACAUCCCUGCCCUCCACUCACCACAUCCCUGCCCUCCACUCACCACAUCCCUGCCCUCCACUCACCACACCCCUGCCCUCCACUCACCACAUCCCUGCCCUCCACUCACCACACCCCUGCCCUCCACUCACCACACCCCUGCCCUCCACUCACCACAUCCCUGCCCUCCACUCACCACAUCCCUGCCCUCCACUCACCACAUCCCUGCCCUCCACUCACCACAUCCCUGCCCUCCACUCACCACAUCCCUGCCCUCCACUCACCACAUCCCUGCCCUCCACUCACCACACCCCUGCCCUCCACUCACCACAUCCCUGCCCUCCACUCACCACACCCCUGCCCUCCACUCACCACACCCCUGCCCUCCACUCACCACACCCCUGCCCUCCACUCACCACACCCCUGCCCUCCACUCACCACACCCCUGCCCUCCACUCACCACAUCCCUGCCCUCCACUCACCACAUCCCUGCCCUCCACUCACCACACCCCUGCCCUCCACUCACCACACCCCUGCCCUCCACUCACCACACCCUGCCCUCCACUCACCACACCCCUGCCCUCCACUCACCACAUCCCUGCCCUCCACUCACCACAUCCCUGCCCUCCACUCACCACAUCCCUGCCCUCCACUCACCACAUCCCUGCCCUCCACUCACCACACCCCUGCCCUCCACUCACCACAUCCCUGCCCUCCACUCACCACACCCCUGCCCUCCACUCACCACAUCCCUGCCCUCCACUCACCACAUCCCUGCCCUCCACUCACCACAUCCCUGCCCUCCACUCACCACAUCCCUGCCCUCCACUCACCACAUCCCUGCCCUCCACUCACCACACCCCUGCCCUCCACUCACCACAUCCCUGCCCUCCACUCACCACAUCCCUGCCCUCCACUCACCACAUCCCUGCCCUCCACUCACCACAUCCCUGCCCUCCACUCACCACACCCCUGCCCUCCACUCACCACAUCCCUGCCCUCCACUCACCACACCCCUGCCCUCCACUCACCACAUCCCUGCCCUCCACUCACCACACCCCUGCCCUCCACUCACCACAUCCCUGCCCUCCACUCACCACAUCCCUGCCCUCCACUCACCACAUCCCUGCCCUCAUCACCACUCCCUGCCCUCCACUCACCACACCCUGCCCUCCACUCACCACAUCCCUGCCCUCGACUCACCACAUCCCUGCCCUCCACUCACCACAUCCCUGCCCUCCACUCACCACAUCCCUGCCCUCCACUCACCACACCCCUGCCCUCCACUCACCACAUCCCUGCCCUCCACUCACCACACCCCUGCCCUCCACUCACCACACCCCUGCCCUCCACUCACCACAUCCCUGCCCUCCACUCACCACAUCCCUGCCCUCCACUCACCACAUCCCUGCCCUCCACUCACCACAUCCCUGCCCUCCACUCACCACAUCCCUGCCCUCCACUCACCACAUCCCUGCCCUCCACUCACCACACCCCUGCCCUCCACUCACCACACCCCUGCCCUCCACUCACCACAUCCCUGCCCUCCACUCACCACAUCCCUGCCCUCCACUCACCACAUCCCUGCCCUCCACUCACCACACCCCUGCCCUCCACUCACCACAUCCCCUGCCCUCCACUCACCACAUCCCUGCCCUCCACUCACCACAUCCCUGCCCUCCACUCACCACAUCCCUGCCCUCCACUCACCACAUCCCUGCCCUCCACUCACCACAUCCCUGCCCUCCACUCACCACAUCCCUGCCCUCCACUCACCACAUCCCUGCCCUCCACUCACCACAUCCCUGCCCUCCACUCACCACAUCCCUGCCCUCCACUCACCACAUCCCUGCCCUCCACUCACCACAUCCCUGCCCUCCACUCACCACAUCCCUGCCCUCCACUCACCACACCCCUGCCCUCCACUCACCACAUCCCUGCCCUCCACUCACCACAUCCCUGCCCUCCACUCACCACAUCCCUGCCCUCCACUCACCACAUCCCUGCCCUCCACUCACCACAUCCCUGCCCUCCACUCACCACAUCCCUGCCCUCCACUCACCACAUCCCUGCCCUCCACUCACCACAUCCCUGCCCUCCACUCACCACAUCCCUGCCCUCCACUCACCACAUCCCUGCCCUCCACUCACCACAUCCCUGCCCUCCACUCACCACAUCCCUGCCCUCCACUCACCACAUCCCUGCCCUCCACUCACCACAUCCCUGCCCUCCACUCACCACAUCCCUGCCCUCCACUCACCACAUCCCUGCCCUCCACUCACCACAUCCCUGCCCUCCACUCACCACAUCCCUGCCCUCCACUCACCACAUCCCUGCCCUCCACUCACCACAUCCCUGCCCUCCACUCACCACAUCCCUGCCCUCCACUCACCACAUCCCUGCCCUCCACUCACCACACCCUGCCCUCCACUCACCACAUCCCUGCCCUCCACUCACCACAUCCCUGCCCUCCACUCACCACAUCCCUGCCCUCCACUCACCACAUCCCUGCCCUCCACUCACCACAUCCCUGCCCUCCACUCACCACAUCCCUGCCCUCCACUCACCACAUCCCUGCCCUCCACUCACCACAUCCCUGCCCUCCACUCACCACACCCUGCCCUCCACUCACCACAUCCCUGCCCUCCACUCACCACAUCCCUGCCCUCCACUCACCACAUCCCUGCCCUCCACUCACCACAUCCCUGCCCUCCACUCACCACAUCCCUGCCCUCCACUCACCACAUCCCUGCCCUCCACUCACCACAUCCCUGCCCUCCACUCACCACAUCCUGCCCUCCACUCACCACAUCCCUGCCCUCCACUCACCACAUCCCUGCCCUCCACUCACCACAUCCCUGCCCUCCACUCACCACAUCCCUGCCCUCCACUCACCACAUCCCUGCCCUCCACUCACCACAUCCCUGCCCUCCACUCACCACAUCCCUGCCCUCCACUCACCACAUCCCUGCCCUCCACUCACCACAUCCCUGCCCUCCACUCACCACAUCCCUGCCCUCCACUCACCACAUCCCUGCCCUCCACUCACCACAUCCCUGCCCUCCACUCACCACAUCCCUGCCCUCCACUCACCACAUCCCUGCCCUCCACUCACCACAUCCCUGCCCUCCACUCACCACAUCCCUGCCCUCCACUCACCACAUCCCUGCCCUCCACUCACCACAUCCCUGCCCUCCACUCACCACAUCCCUGCCCUCCACUCACCACAUCCCUGCCCUCCACUCACCACAUCCCUGCCCUCCACUCACCACAUCCCUGCCCUCCACUCACCACAUCCCUGCCCUCCACUCACCACAUCCCUGCCCUCCACUCACCACAUCCCUGCCCUCCACUCACCACAUCCCUGCCCUCCACUCACCACAUCCCUGCCCUCCACUCACCACAUCCCUGCCCUCCACUCACCACAUCCCUGCCCUCCACUCACCACAUCCCUGCCCUCCACUCACCACAUCCCUGCCCUCCACUCACCACAUCCCUGCCCUCCACUCACCACAUCCCUGCCCUCCACUCACCACAUCCCUGCCCUCCACUCACCACAUCCCUGCCCUCCACUCACCACAUCCCUGCCCUCCACUCACCACAUCCCUGCCCUCCACUCACCACAUCCCUGCCCUCCACUCACCACAUCCCUGCCCUCCACUCACCACAUCCCUGCCCUCCACUCACCACAUCCCUGCCCUCCACUCACCACAUCCCUGCCCUCCACUCACCACAUCCCUGCCCUCCACUCACCACAUCCCUGCCCUCCACUCACCACAUCCCUGCCCUCCACUCACCACAUCCCUGCCCUCCACUCACCACAUCCCUGCCCUCCACUCACCACAUCCCUGCCCUCCACUCACCACAUCCCUGCCCUCCACUCACCACAUCCCUGCCCUCCACUCACCACAUCCCUGCCCUCCACUCACCACAUCCCUGCCCUCCACUCACCACAUCCCUGCCCUCCACUCACCACAUCCCUGCCCUCCACUCACCACAUCCCUGCCCUCCACUCACCACAUCCCUGCCCUCCACUCACCACAUCCCUGCCCUCCACUCACCACAUCCCUGCCCUCCACUCACCACAUCCCUGCCCUCCACUCACCACAUCCCUGCCCUCCACUCACCACAUCCCUGCCCUCCACUCACCACAUCCCUGCCCUCCACUCACCACAUCCCUGCCCUCCACUCACCACAUCCCUGCCCUCCACUCACCACAUCCCUGCCCUCCACUCACCACAUCCCUGCCCUCCACUCACCACAUCCCUGCCCUCCACUCACCACAUCCCUGCCCUCCACUCACCACAUCCCUGCCCUCCACUCACCACAUCCCUGCCCUCCACUCACCACAUCCCUGCCCUCCACUCACCACAUCCCUGCCCUCCACUCACCACAUCCCUGCCCUCCACUCACCACAUCCCUGCCCUCCACUCACCACAUCCCUGCCCUCCACUCACCACAUCCCUGCCCUCCACUCACCACAUCCCUGCCCUCCACUCACCACAUCCCUGCCCUCCACUCACCACAUCCCUGCCCUCCACUCACCACAUCCCUGCCCUCCACUCACCACAUCCCUGCCCUCCACUCACCACAUCCCUGCCCUCCACUCACCACAUCCCUGCCCUCCACUCACCACAUCCCUGCCCUCCACUCACCACAUCCCUGCCCUCCACUCACCACAUCCCUGCCCUCCACUCACCACAUCCCUGCCCUCCACUCACCACAUCCCUGCCCUCCACUCACCACAUCCCUGCCCUCCACUCACCACAUCCCUGCCCUCCACUCACCACAUCCCUGCCCUCCACUCACCACAUCCCUGCCCUCCACUCACCACAUCCCUGCCCUCCACUCACCACAUCCCUGCCCUCCACUCACCACAUCCCUGCCCUCCACUCACCACAUCCCUGCCCUCCACUCACCACAUCCCUGCCCUCCACUCACCACAUCCCUGCCCUCCACUCACCACAUCCCUGCCCUCCACUCACCACAUCCCUGCCCUCCACUCACCACAUCCCUGCCCUCCACUCACCACAUCCCUGCCCUCCACUCACCACAUCCCUGCCCCUCCACUCACCACAUCCCUGCCCUCCACUCACCACAUCCCUGCCCUCCACUCACCACAUCCCUGCCCUCCACUCACCACAUCCCUGCCCUCCACUCACCACAUCCCUGCCCUCCACUCACCACAUCCCUGCCCUCCACUCACCACAUCCCUGCCCUCCACUCACCACAUCCCUGCCCUCCACUCACCACAUCCCUGCCCUCCACUCACCACAUCCCUGCCCUCCACUCACCACAUCCCUGCCCUCCACUCACCACAUCCCUGCCCUCCACUCACCACAUCCCUGCCCUCCACUCACCACAUCCCUGCCAAGUGCCGCAUAAUGCUGCAGGCCGUUGCACGAGCCAUCCUGGUGCACAGGCAGGCUGGACACAAACUUCUCCGGGCACCCCGAGUCCACCGCACUAACAAUCUCAAUGCACGCCGCCAGGCACUGGAACGGGUCCUCCGCCUCCAUCCACCACCCGCCUUCCUCCCCCAACGGAUCCUCCGCCGAUGCCCGCACCUUCUCCAUCCGCUCAUCCACAUAUUUCACUCUCUCGUCAAAGCUCAGCUUGUCUGCGCCGCUCCCGACGAGGUUAGCGAGGUGGAUUUUCAGCCACCGGAGCCCGCACGGCCCCAGGGGCUUCCCGUCGGCGAAGCGGAGCAGGCCGCGGCAGUGGUCGGCGCCGAGAUGGUUGAGGCAACGUACGUCAUGUCUCUCAACGAGGCCCGCCUUGCCCCCGCCGUCGAGCCAGAUCUUCUCCAGCACCUCUAG